CUCCUCCGCAAGUCCUUCCAAGCUGAUUAAGAUGAAGAUCUUCGCUCUGGUGCUAGCCGCCGUCGCUGCCAAGUCGUGUGUGGCAUCAGAGGCCAACUCGACCUCUGCUUCCUACGACAAGUCCGGCUCCGGGGCUGUUUGCUUGACGGAAGGGUGCAACGGCGUCCGGGAGUACUGCGACAGCUCCAUCGGCGAGUGCCGAGCUGCCAGCGACGACGUCGAGUGCUACAACGCCACCAUCGCGCUGUUCCAAGACGGGUGCGACGCGGGCUACGAGUGCAUCGACGACCUGUGCCGCGUGUCGGCGGACCCCGUCGACGGCCGAACGUGCCACAUCAUCUGCUCGGCUGGCAAAUUCUGCGAGAACGACACGACCGAGUGCCGCGAACCGGCCUACGACGGCGAGUGCUUCAACCUGGCCACCGGCCUCUUCCAGGACGGCUGUGACGAGGGAUUCUACUGCUCGUACAACAAGUGCGUCGACGUCAGCCUCGAUGACUAAGGGGCCCACUCCCUACUUCGACUCUGUACAUAUAACCGUGCUCAAUGAGCAUGCUCACUAAUACAUCCAUCACUUGACCAUUCGUG